AUGAGAUAUCCACUCUACUCACUUACAUUCAACUCAAAGGAGUACAUUUCUGAUUUGGAUCACCUGUCACACUUUCUGGAAGUGUCCAACUUCCAUUACACCGAACCAAAGUGCUUCAAACCAAUUGUCGACUAUGGAAUCAUUCGUAACUUCUUUAUCAACAAUCGUGCACAGUCAUUCAAGGUGUUUUUGAAUAUCCAAGAUAUUGAAGACUUGGUGUCAAUUUUCCCUGAUAGUCAUUCUUGGUCCACUCCAAUCAGCUCACUCACCAUCCAACUCAAUGACAUUGGAAAGGUUAUCAAGGCACAACUCGAUGGAAGAUUCGCCAAACAGUUGUCCACACUUACCAAUCUCCUCAAACAAUCACAUAUCUUUCCCAAGCUCACAUACAUCUCAAUCUAUAUCAAAGACAUUAAUCAUGAAGGUUUUACCAUUCCAAUCACCAUCCAUGAUUGA